AUGGAGAGAGCUCUUAGGAUCAAGAAUAAAUUUUGGUUAAUUGAUGGCUCUACUUCUCUGACUUCUGCCAUGGAGAAAGUUCCUCUUCUUAUUCAAAGUUGGUCACGAAGCAAUGAAAUUGUGGUUUCUUGGAUCAUCAAUUGUGUUUCCCCUAAAAUUGCAACUAGUAGGGUGUAUCAGAGGACUGCCAAGGAAGUUUGGAAGAAGCUUCAGAAUAUGUUCUUUCAAGGCAAUGGACCUAGGGUUUACCAAUUGCAGAAAGAUCUUGCUAUAAUUUCUCAGGGGGGACUCACUAUUUCCAAUCUUCAUCACAGAGAAGCAAUUAUGCAGCUUCUAAUGGGUCUCAAUGAUUCAUUCUCUUACAUUCGAGGCCAAAUUCUGUUAAUGGAUCCCAUUCCUUCUAUUGAUAAGGUACAUUCAUUGUUGGUUCAAGAUGAAAGGCAGAGCCCUUACAGCCAAACAAUGAAUCUUGGUUCUGGUUCCAAGACUUUCAAGAAAGGAAAGGAGGGGCCUACUUGCAGCCAUUGUGGAUUGCUUGGUCAUACUGUGGAAAAAUGCUACAAAAUUCAUGGAUAUCCUCCUGGAUAUAAGACUAAGGCAAGGGCAAAUCAGGUCUCUUCUCUUGAUUUUGUUCAAGAGUUUGUUGCAACACCAACUCCAUAG